CCGCCCCUCCCGCCCCGCCCCGCCCCUCCCGCCCUGCCCCGCGGCCGGAAGUCGCGCGCGGCGGAGGGAGACGUGUCGGCGGCGGCGCGUGAGCGCGGGGAUGAUCACGGACGUGCAGCUGGCCAUCUUCGCCAACAUGCUGGGCGUGUCCCUCUUCCUCCUCGUCGUCCUCUACCACUACGUGGCCGUCAACAACCCCAAAAAGCAGGAGUGACGUCACCCACGGACCACGCCGACGCACGCCAUGGGGGCCGCGGUGGAGCGCGACCCCUCCCCCGAGCGGCGGUGGGUGCCGGUGCCGGCGCGGUGGUGCGGCGCUGAGGCGGGAGGCCGUGCUUCUUCCAAACAAACUUUAACGGAAACACGAUGAUACAAGACGA